CGCAUUGUGCGCGUUUGGGAAAGCUGGGAUAAUAAUUGCAUUUCUAUGGGCAGAGCGCGAAGACACUGCUGAUCGUCGCUGCAUUGCUCGAGCCCCAAACGUAUGCUUAUUUCUUAUCUAACAUGAAGGGUUUAACACUAAGAUAGAAUUUCAGCCUUAAGACCCUGCGUACGCCGUACUUUUUUACUGGUGAGCCUCCCGUUUUCUCCCUGUGUUGUUUCGGCCCAAAGUCUGCCGUGGAGCGGUUGUCACACAGGCCGCGGAUCGGUUCUUGUUGCUGGGAGGAGACCACACUGACUCGCCUCCAAGCUAGCAUUAUUAGCUGGCUAUAAUGCGUCGCUGGUGUGUUUUCUAUAUAGCAGGCUCCUGUUUAUUGAGGCAGGUCCUUGGUUAACCGUUUACCCGACGGAACGAAAGUGUGACUUGGACUUACACCACACCUUUCAAGAUGGAUGUUGAUUUGUGUGCUGGCGGGGACAGUACUAGGAGAAAAGUAGAACUGGCCGGGGUUGCAGAAGGCACAAUGGACGUUGUACCUUUGGAGAUGUAUGACUCCGCCAGAGCAAAAAUAGCAGCCAACCUACGGUGGCUGUUUGCCAAAGCCUAUGGUAUUGACCAUAUUCCAGAGGACUUAAGGGACCCAUUCUAUACAGACCAGUAUGACCAGGAACACAUCAAGCCACCUGUCAUUCGUCUGCUGCUGUCCUGCGAGCUUUACUGCCGUGUGUGUGCCCUCAUCCUCAAAACUGAGCAGGCAGCGUCUCUUCAGUCCCACAUGUCUGUCAUCCAAGCUCUGUCCAGGAAGGGCAUUUAUGUGGUGGAGAGUGAUGACACACCUGUUACAGAGGGGGACCUGGCCUGUAUGCCCAUCAAAAUGAGUGCUCACAUGCCCAUGAUCGAUGCCCUGAUGAUGGCUUACACAGUGGAGAUGAUCAGCAUAGAGAAAGUGGUGGCCUCUGUCAAGCGCUUCUCUACCUUCAGUGCCUCUAAGGAGCUGCCCUUUGACCUGGAGGAUGCUAUGGUUUUCUGGAUCAACAAGGUAAACAUGAAGAUGAGGGAGAUUGCAGAAAGGGAGCACAAAGUCAAGCACCAUCCACUGGAGUCCCCUAGCCACCAAAAGUCUCCCUCCAAAUGGUAUUGGAAGCUAGUCCCUGUACGGUAUCGUCGGGAACAUGCUUCCGGUCGUCAGCUGCCCUUCUUUCCAUUGCUGGAAGACCUGAUGAGGGAUGUUUGUGAUGGAGCUGCACUGCUCACUGUGGUCCAUUACUACUGCCCAGACCUCAUGAAGCUGGAAGAUAUUUGCCUGAAGGAAGUCCCUUCCAUCGCUGAUAGCCUGUACAACAUCCAGCUCCUCAGAGAAUUUGCCAAUGAGUACCUGAAUAAAAGUUUCUAUCUGACAACAGAGGACAUGCUCUAUUCACCGCCUGUGCUCAAGCACAAUGUGAUGGUGUUCAUCGCUGAGCUGUUUUGGUGGUUUGAGACAGUAAAGCCAGAGUUUGUCCAGCCCAGAGACCUCCAGGAGUUUAAAGAUCCUCGAGCCAUAGCUCAUCCCAAGAGUGCCCGUCCAUCAGUGCCCAUCUCCAACGCCACCAAGCGAAGCUUCCUAGCUAGUCCUGGUAUGGCCGACAACCAGAGCAGCCCUGAAGUCUGUAACAGGUACUUCCUGCACCCUGAAGACUCUGACCCCCUUAAAGGGGGCCCAACUUUCAGUCCUUCACACCCACUUCUGCCCCUGCGACAGAGACAACAAAAGCAACAAGGAGAUGAUGCAGGUUUGAGAAACCGCUCGAACUCCUUGACUCAGAUGGACGGACAACAAGUCAGAGGCUCUGUAGUAGCAUGGCCCGACAAGAGGCAGAGACCAAUGUCCACAAUGGGCCCUUAUAUGUUGCACUCAGCCACCGACAGUGAUGCAGACAUGGCUUCUGGUGACAGUGUUAGUCUGGCUCGCUCAAUUAGUAAGGACAGCCUGGCAUCCAAUGUCAUCAAUGUCACUCCCAAACACCAGACUUCUGUACACCAGUCAUCACGUCCUCCAGUACGUAGAGUCAACGGCCACAGCCUUCUGACUAAUGUCAAUAUGGAGGAUGAGGAAGAAACUCUGGUGACCGUAGCCAAGAGCGAUGGUCCUGCCGUCUCCAAACGGGUUGAGGGGACACAAUCAGCUGCUGUAAUUGGACCCAAACCUUCCACUGACUCCAAAUCGACACCAGAUAGCUUUUACCUUGAACCACUAAUGCCUGCCGUGCUCAAAACGGCUAAAGAGAAGUCUGUAUGCCUAAACAAGGAGGAGGAGAGUGGUGAAGUUUCCCGGUCUGCAGGAAGGGGCUCUUUACGCAGAGAAAAUGGAUCUACAGCUGCUGUUCGCAGGAAAGCUCCCUCCAAUCUGAACCAAACAUUUCCUCCUUCAGCUGAGGAAGGCUCCUCAGAUGAGCCUGUUCAAAGUCAGGCAGGUCUCAGGCUAACUGUCAGCAGCAGUGUGGAACCUUCCUCCAGGGAGCCAGCUGAGGGUUUCUACUUGCAUUCAGAUUCUGAAGAACUAAAGCCUGGCAAUGACCAGGACGGUGACCUAGGGGACCUGGAUGAGGAGGAAGAGGAUUUGGAUGAAGCCGCAACCACUAAAGAAACACUCUGGCCCAGGAAAGCCUUCAACGAGGAGGAAGAAGAAUCAGCCAAACUCCAAGAGGACAUGAAUGUGAAAGAGCAUGAAGACAAAGAUAUUAAUGGUGGCAGUGGUCGUUCCAGCCCCUGUCUCAGCACACACUCCCAGGCCAGCAGUAUGGCCAGUGGCAGCGUGCGCAUGACCUCUUUUGCUGAGCGUAAAGCCCAGCAGCAGCGCUUUGGCAGCAACCAUGACCUGCGCUCCAGUGCCUCCAGUUCCCAGAGGACCACUCCAGAUGGAUCAGAGUGCAGCGGCCCCUUGGCUUCCUCAUGGAGGAUUAAGAGGGACCAGAGCCCCUCUUCCCCCUUGGGAGGAUCCACUCGUACAGGCGAUGGCAGCGGCGGUGCGAAUGUAUUGGCUUCUGAACUGGUCCAGCUCAGAAUGCAACUGGAAGAGAAGCGGCGUGCCAUUGAGCAUCAGAAGAAGAAGAUGGAAGUACUGUCAGCGAGACAGAGGCAGAAGCUGGGAAAAGCAGCCUUUCUGCAUAUAGUAAAGAAAGGGGGAGGAAGGAGUGACACAUUACCCAACCCACUUAAAGCUGACAUCUCUAAAGAUGAGCUCAAUGGGGAGAAAGCACCAUCAAGUAAAGAUGAUAUGUGUGUUGAUACCAUGAGAGGGGAAAAGGAAGUGGAUGAGACCACCCCGUCUGGUGCCUUAGAAGCAGAAAAGAAAGGGAACGGUGGAAGCUUCUGUCUGGAUGAAGAUUUGGACCUGAAUGAGUGCAGUCGCUCUAUCGAGCUGCUAAAUGAAGCUAUUGGCAGCAUCCAGCAACAAAUGAUGCAGCUUUCACUGCAGCAGGAGAUGUUGAUGAAACAGAAUGUACAGUCCCCACCUGGUGCAGCUCCACCUCCUGCUCUCACCAGCGACAAAAACGGAGAUUCCAAGACUGGAGCAGGCUUUCACUUUGUGGAGCAUCUUUCUGGCACUAGCACCGCUCCAACCAGGAAACCCCCUAAACUAAGCUCUGGCCGGAGCUCCAGAUCCAAACCAUCAGAGCUAAAGAUGGCCAAGGAGCAGAGCCGCCAGACCACCAGGACCCUCACACCCACCCAGAGUGGAUCAGAGACAUUGCCACACCCAAAGCAUUCAGCUGGGGGCAGGUCCCCCAGGACUGAGCAGCCCGACAGUCCCAGAAACCACACAGUAGUGGAGACAGUUGACAAGCCAGGAUCUGGCCACGUUCGGAGUGCCACCUUCCGACUUCACGAUGAAGCAAACAUUCGCUUGCCGACCAGAGUGGACCUGACAUCAUUGGCUCCUCCAGAAGUGUCCUUUGAUGAGUGCCUGUCCAGCAACACCAGAGAGUCUGAGCUCAACUCUUCAGACGGUUCAGGGAAAGAGAAUAUACCAUCAGAUGAGGCGCAACGCAACAAAACCCAUCUCAUUGAGGUUGAUCUGUCAGAGCUGAAGGCAUCUGAAGAAGAAGAAGAAGAGGGGGCUGCUGAGGACAAAACAGCAGAGAGAGGUGAUGGAGAGCAGAAGUCAGUCCUGGGCUUCUUCUUCAAGGAUGAACAGAAAGCGGAGGAUGAGCUCGCUAAGAAGAGAGCAGCAUUUUUGCUGAAGCAGCAGAAGAAAGCCGAGGAGGCUCGACUACGUAAACAACAGCUAGAGGCCGAAUCUGAGCUCAAACGAGAUGAAGCCAGACGGAAAGCCGAGGAGGAGCGUUUGCGUAAAGAGGAAGAGAAGACACGGCGAGAGCUGAUAAAGCAAGAGUAUCUGCGGAGGAAGCAACAAGAGAUGUUUGAGGAACAAGGCCUUGUGAAGCCCAAAACUCCCAAACCGAAGCAGAAGCACAGACCCAAGUCUGUCCUCAGAGAGGAAUCCUCCAGCGAUAAUUUCUCCAAGUGCUCUUCUACACCUGACAACCUGAGUAACGCCCAGUCAGGCUCCAAUCUGUCUCUCGCAUCUGCCGCUACCAACGAGGCCGACAGUGUAAACUCUGGAGGUGCAGGCUCCCAGCGCUGUGACUCUGUGGAGUCAUUUCCAGGCAGUCGGAACAGUCGAGCAGCAGAGAGAGACUGGGACAACGGCUCCACUGCUUCUUCCAUCACUUCCAUGGCUGAAUAUACUGGCCCCAAACUCUUCAAGGAGCCCAGUGCCAAGUCAAACAAGCCAAUCAUCCAUAAUGCAAUCUCUCACUGCUGCCUGGCUGGCAAAGUCAACGAGCCCCAGAAGAACCAGAUCCUAGAGGAGUUGGAGAAGUGUGAGUCCAACCACCUCAUGAUCCUGUUUCGUGACGGUGGUUGCCAGUUUCGGGCACUCUACUCGUACUUCCCCGACACUGAAGAGAUACAAAAGCUGACGGGCACUGGACCCAAGAGCAUCAGCAAGAAGAUGAUUGAUAAGCUGUACAAGUACAGCUCGGAUCGAAAGCAGUUUACUGUCAUCCCUGCCAAGACUGUGUCAGUCAGCGUGGACGCCCUGACCAUCCACAACCACCUGUGGCAGGCCAAGAGAAGUGCUGUGCCAAAGAAAAGUGGAAAAUAGCAGGCAGGAUUUGGAAACACACCUUCAUCCACGUCAUCCUAUCCUCACACUGCUUGUUUUCUGACUGCAAUGACGCCCCAAAGCUCGGUAUGGAAACCUACACGGGAGAGAGGCCACUAUGGACAUGCGGUCAUCUGUAGGUGGACCGAGGCAGAAACAAAGGUGUGUGUGUGUCUGUGUGUGUCUGGGGCUUGCGAUGUGAGAGGGAAUGCCAGCUCAGUUUGCCUGUGAUGUCGGUGGGAUCUGUUCAGGUUCGUUUUGAGUCCGCCUGAUUUCUUUUUCUCUUCUGUUUUUUUCAACAACAACCAUGGCUCAAGCAUGUGGCAUUUCCCCCCCUCAUAUGUGGUGGAUGUUCAUUUUUACAUGAAGUAUUUAUUAGUUCAGCACUGUCAUGGUUGAGAGCUCAGCUGCAGCACUAAAAAUCCUUCCUUCUCUCCAGAAAUGCCUCUUCUUUUGGACAAAUUUGGACACAAAAGGGGGUGGGGACAUCGAGGUGGGCUGGGGGGGUUUAUGUCGCUCUUUUCAGAAAAUCGGAAACAAGGGAACUUUGUACAACCCUUUAGGACUACACUGCUGUCACAACAACAGUUUCUCCCCGUGUGGACUGUCGAAUCUGUCGAAUCAGGCUGGCAUUACCAAUUUUGCCUCACCAGGGAUCUCCAGAAAACCUGCUGCUCUGAACUGUCUUCUUCUUUAGUCACGGGGGAGCUCCUCGGGUAUCCCUCAGACAUCCGUUGGCCUUUCACGCAUCGUGGUACUAUCGUCUAUUUAUUCAGCCGCUUUUUAAACUAGACGCUGAUCGUGUAGCACUGGAUAUGUGUAUUGCAAAGAAAAAAGGCAAAAAAAAAUAAUGAUGGUCAUUUUAAACAAUUUUAUUUGUCAAAACAUCCUUUUUGUUUUUUAGGGUGUAACAAGAGGAUGAAUGAUAGGCUUUGGUACAAAAAUGAUGCUUUUUGAUGUUUUGUUUUGGUUUUUUUAACUUUUUUUUUUAAUUUAUCAAUUAAGCAAUGUGGAAUAGAGUUUAAGCUGAUGUUAUGUCUUUUCAUCAUAACAGGAAUUCUCUGAUGUUUAGAGCUUAGUUGUGUUUUCUCUCUCCACUGGACACUACUUAAACUGUCCUGUACAAAGGUGCACUCAUGAACACUUGUCGACGGCUUAUUUCAUGCAAUGUAACUCCCCUCAAAGCCUUUUCUCCCCUCCCCGAGUGUUUCUGUCAGCCUGUCCCAUCUUUAAUCGCAGCGGCGGCUCGCGCACUCUUGUUGUGAAGAGUACCUCCGCGCUGCCCUGUAACCUGUUCGAAUGACAGUAUUUGAUAUAUUCACAACGGAGGGGAGGGUCUCUGUGUGUGGGAGGGGUGGUUGGUGGGAGGGAGGGGGGAGCUGUGGUUCAGUUAUGUACCAACAUUAAAGAACAUUCCUCCAAGGUGUUGACGAAACACUGCCACGUUGUCUCUCUUCUUCUCUCUGUCUUUUUCAAAACUCAAAGUGCUUUUUUGUGUGUUUUUUAGAAACCAUUUGUUGGCCUCCAGAACAACCCCAAGCGUUGCACGAGCACUUUACUUUCUGCUUGUUAUGGGGGAUUUUACUUUUUGAAUGGGCAUAAAAACUAAGAAUUAAUAAGACUGCUGUUUGUGCACUCCAGGAAAAUAAUGAAUAUAAUUGUGGAAACUAAACCAAACGCUAAGAUUUAACACUGACAAUUAAAGCCGAAGGGCCGUCACUGACAUGAUACUACUGCUGUCUCCAAAACACUGUGGAAUACUUGAUUUCUCUCUUGCUGCAUGGUGUUUUUGGGGAGGUUGGGUGGCAGAGGUGGUCGAUCUUUAAUUGUACGGUAGUGUAUUUUCAUGUUACCUAAAAGAUUGUACUGGCAUUGGUCACCAUAUUGUUUUGUUUUUUUUAUUUUUUAUUUUUUGUUACACAUGUACUUUUCAUCCUUGUUGAUUUUUAUCUUUGAUCCCAUGCCAUCUAUUUAUUUUAAAAUGGAAGCACUGAAACAGAAUAAAUUUUCAAGUAAAUAAAAGUCACAUUUUUCAUUUCGA